AUGUAUUACAACCACUCUAGGGAUGCUACUAAUAGAUCCAUUCAGAAAUACCGCACCAUUCAUCCACAAUGCAAGGCUCAAAGUUGA